AUGGCCAAUACAGCAGACACGCCGUUCCGCCGCUGGGCGAGAGCGAACUUCACCACCAGUUUCCUCUAUCCACUGAUGGGCAUCUGGUUCUUCAUGAAGCAUAGAUAUAUGUGGCCACUGCUGAAAGCUAAGAUGCUUCCUCUGGUUGUCAUGUCAGUCUUCAUUCUGGUCAUCCUCUUCUUGACGGCCUACCUCCCUCAAGUCGCCCUUCUCAAGCUUUUCCACCCAGGAGGUUCAGCCUGGGUGAGUGGCACUUUCCUGGUCCUCACCGAGGGCAACCUCAUCAUCGCUCUCCUUUUCGAAGCUUUCUUCGUCGAUCAUACUCAGGUUGAUGUCUUCGAUACUGUCAUGGUAGCCAGAGGCCAUGCAGAACUCGUCAAGGCAAAACGACCUGUGGAUACUGAGGAACCUCAAACUCCUCUCAAAGCUUUGGGGCCCCGCGACAAGGGGGCAGUCUUUGCUCCCUUCUCUUUCCGCCAGCUGUUCGAAUUCGUGGUGCUCCUGCCGCUCAACUUUAUCCCCUUCGUUGGAGUUCCGCUGUUCUUGAUCUUGACUGGAUACCGUGCUGGUCCCCUGCUGCAACGCCGCUACCACAACCUCAAGGGAAUGAACAAGGACCAGCGCAAGAUCUUUAUUCGUAACAAGUCAAUGAGGUUCCAGUACAUGUGGUUUGGUACUGUCGCAUUGAUCCUGCAGCUUAUUCCUGUGCUGAGCAUGUUCUUCUUGAUCACAACUGCUGCAGGAAGUGCACUUUGGGCCGCGGAUAUGGAGGAUCGCAAGUUCAGUCAAGAGAAUGCUAUCGAGGACGAGUACACUGAUGAGCCUUGA